UCCAUGAAUUAAAAAUCAAAACUUUCUCUUCUUCCUCUUAUAAACACACCAACCCACCACACCACUCUCACUUUCUCUCUAUUCCAACCCUCCCACUCUCAUCAUGUUGGGGAAGAGGCCCCGACCCAUGAUCGGAAAGUUGUCGGAGUUGUUGGUCUCAAGGGGCCGUGAAGUCACGCUUCCGGACGCCGCCACCGCCACCGCAACCGCCGGAAGUCCAAGAACUCCGUCAGGCACGGUGAUGCAGUCUCCAAGAGGCUUCAAGAACUACCACCUCGGUGGUGUUGGUCUUGGGAUUGUGGUGGCUCUCGAUAAACCAUCCACCGAGGUUUUGCCCAAACACGCGGUUUGCACCUCCAAUUUGAAAAUCCAAGAGGAGUUCGAUGUGGAGGAAUACACCUACGUCACACGCCAUGUACCUAACCAAACAUUCACCAAGGUAUACUACGAUGGGGGUGAAGGUGAAAUUCAGAGACAUGACUACUCUAACAAAACCAACAACAACAACAUCAUCAACAUCAACAACCACAACAACCUUGGUGUGUUCAGAAGAACCGCACCGCAACCUUUAUUUGAAUCUGAAUCAUCGUAUCCCACAUCGAAUUUUCUGAGUUCGUGCAACCUGUGCGGAAAGAAACUCCACGGCAAGGACAUAUACAUGUACAGAGGAGAGAAAGCGUUUUGUAGUCCAGAGUGUCGUUCGAGUCAGAUAAUGAUGGAUGAACGUAAAGAGAGGUGUGGAUCGGAAGCAUCGAGGUCCGUUGAAAUGUCAAGUUCGCCUUAUAAGGGAACAGAUAUUUUCAACUGGGAUUCUUGCACUUUAAGGUUUGGUGGUGGUGGUGACAAACCAGAAAUUGAUGAUGCCACCGCUCUAUCAUCACUCUAUGAAUAAGAAAUACUACGUACAUAAAAAUAAUAUAUAUACGAGUAUACUGUUAUUGACCAUGAUCUGGAAUUAAUAAUAUGAUUAUGAGAGUUAACUAGGACAGCUUGAUCUGAAACAAAAACAAAAGUUUUGAUCGGCUAAAGGGUAGAAAUUGUGAUGUAUUUUUGUCCUAUCAAGAACAAGGCGAAGGCGAGAGUUAUGGAAUUUUCAGAUCUCAGUUCCACAGAUUAAGUUUCUUUCUGUUUCUGAGUUCUGCCUCUAAGAUGAAAUAACUCAUCCUCUUUCUCAGAUUUCCCCUUCUUUCUCUUUUUUUUUUUUUUUUUUUUUUUUUUCUGUUGAAACAUUGAAUAAAGCUUCAAUUUUGUAACAUGGUGGAAUUAUAUGGGUACUUGUAUCGGACAAUCCAGAAUUUGGACCACCAAAUUAGAAAUUAAAAUAUUGAAAUUUUAAUUUGUA